AGCAAACAAAAUUUGAAAAUCGUAAUCAUUAAGUUACGUCACCGCAUCACGAAUCAUGAUUUACGAUUGAUGAGUAAUAUUGGCGCGCACAAGCUGUGAAAAUAGACGUUCAUACGCGUGCAAAAUAUGAAAACCCCAUUCCAAGUGGUAGAUACAUUGUAGCAAAGUAUAGCACCAAGUAUUCAUUUUCAAUUCUGUACUUCAGCGAAGAUGUUCAAAAAAUCAAAAUUUACGUAUCAAGCGUUCAUACUGGUUAUCUGCGAGAUUUUAAUCGUUGCAAAUGGGGCACCUAGUUCUGCUGAUAAACCAAAGUGUAAAGAAAAACUCAUAAUCGACACGGAUGCUGGAUCUGAUGAUGCUGUAGCUAUCUUGUUAUUCCUAGAAGAGCAAAAGCAAUUGAAUCAAUGCUCCUUUGAAAUACUCGCGAUUACCUGUUCUUAUGGAAAUAUAGACGUAAAACAAGUAGAGACCAACGUGAGGAAAACAUUGACAAUAGCCAAUCGACCUGACAUACCUAUAUAUGCCGGUGCAAGCAGAUCAAUAUUACGAAAAAAAGGCGUUCUUUCAAGCUUCGGAUUCGGAGAAGAUGGCUUCGGCGACUACAAGUUUGAAGAUAAAAUUCUCGGCGAAGUCGAUCGUUCGAAUCCCGCAAGUCUAGCAUUGAUAGAAUUAUCCAAAACACACGCAGGUGAAAUCAAUAUCCUCAUAGUUGGCCCGAUGACCAACGUUGCUCUGGCUGCUUCAGCUGAUGAGGGAUUCAUGGACCGAAUUAAGCAUGUGUAUGUGAUGGGAUCGAGUAUCGCAGGAGUAGGAAAUAUCGCACCCGGUAUCGAGUUCAAUUUCGAAGCUGAUCCGGAGGCGAGCUAUAUUCUGCUAAAUUCUACCACUAGCUCGAAAUUGACGUUAUUUCCAUGGGAAACUGGAGUGAAUUCUGGUUUCACUAUAGAAUGGCGAAAAGACGCAUUUAAAGGCCACGACUCAAAAGUAAUACAAUUCCUCGACGGGAUCGAGUCAGUCGCUUUGAAUCUACCGAGGUAUACCCCAGUCGACGCUUUCAUUGCUGCUGUUAUGUUGAAGGGAGAUAAACUUGUGAAGACAUCUCUCGAAACUCAUGUAGAAGUUGUAACGGAUGGAGCCGCUCGAGGCGCAGUACUUGUUGAUUAUAAUCAACAACUAAAAUCUGAAAUUAAAAAUGCGAAAAUCAUAAUGUCUAUAGAUAUAGAAGAAUAUAAGAAGCUAUUUUUAUGCAUAUUUGCAGGCGUUUGCGACGGUCUUAAAUAAAAUUUUUGUAAAGCUUCCUUUCAAGUGGCAGUAAGCUGGCAAUAGACAAUUUCUACAAAAAAAAACGUAGAAUUUUUUCAAACUCGAUUUUAUACAACUUUUGAACCUUUCAACUUGUAAAGUUCAUACCGAGCAUAUUUCUUAAAAAUUCUGAUGAUUAUUCACUUUUUGAUAUGGAAAAAUUCCAUGGACAGUACAUGUAACUUUUCUGUAGAAAUUGUCUAUUGCCAGCUUACUGUCUUUAUAAAGGUAGCUUAAUUUUUCAUUGCAUUUUUUUUCCUAGAAAUAUUUUUUGCCAUCUGAUAGAGAGAUGAGCCGAUGAGGGAUUCCCAACUGACGGAAGUUCUCAGACAUCUUACUGUAAAAACUGUUAAAAUUAUUCAAAUUUUCACAAAAAAAUCAUCCUUGAAAUAAUUUAGGUAUCUGCUUCAAUAUAGAAAUAAAAAAUUAAUAAAACACGUCAGUCGUUUAUGAA